AUGUCGGACGCAGAGCAGGACGAGGAGGUCGCGAUGGAGCUGCCGACUAUUUGGCAAUUCGUGCACCCCGAGUACGCCCGCGGCGACGGCUCCGCGAAGGGCGGCGGCGGCGAGGAUGAGGAAGAGGAGGAAAGCGAGCAGGACGACGAGGUUGCCCGCAAGCGGAAGGCGCCGAAGCUGAGCAAGCUGCUGCGCUUCCUCAACGACGUGGAGGAUGAUGAGGAGCUGGAGCCCAUGCUGCAGGAGCGGGACCCGGUGACGCAGCAGACCCUCCUGCAGUGGGCGACGCGGCAGCACCACUUCACGCUGGCGGAGUAUCUUGUGAAGCGGGCGAAGCGUGUGGCCUUCGGCUUCCCGCUGGACUCCACUGAGAUGGCCGUGUACGCCAAGUGGGAGGAGAUGCGGCCGGAGCUGCCUUCCCCCGCGGAGCUGCAGGCACGCCAGCAGGAGCGGGACAAGAAGCGGGCGGAGCGGCUUGCCGCCAAGCUGAAGCAGGAGCAGGAGGGCGCCGACAACGACGACGAGGAGGAGGAGGAGGAGGACAACGAAGACGAGGCGGAGGAGGACGAGGAGAAUGAGCCGUUGCCGGAGGAACUCGUCUACGAGGCCCUCUCAGAGUACCAGGAUGAGUGGGGGGAGCGUGGCGUGGGUAUUGUGAAGCAGAUUGGCGAACUUGGCGUCUACGUUGGGGCGCGGCUGCGGGAUGGCACCAAGCAGGGCCUCGGCCAGGCGCUCUUUCCCAACGGCGACGCCUACACUGGCGAGUACGAAGACAACCAACGCCACGGCACGGGCCUGUACUGGUGGGCGACGCAGGGCGUCAUUUACAUCGGCCACUGGUACCGCAGCGUGCGGCACGGGUACGGCCGCAUCGUGUACCCCGACGGCUCCCGCUACCUGGGCGGCUGGUCGCGUGACAGGAAGCACGGCAAUGGACGCUACGUGUACGCCGACGGCAGCAGCUACGACGGGGCCUGGGAGCACAACAAGAAGCACGGCUACGGCGUCUACCGCUUCACCGACGGCUCCUCCUUUCACGGCAGCUUUGUGGACAACGAGUUCGUCGCCGGCGAGUGGCGGCUGGCCUCUGGCGUCACGCGGUACAUCGGCAACUUUUCAAAGGACGUGCCCGUUGGCGCCGGCGUCUUUCUGCAUCGCCUUGGGCCCAACUCGCACGACGCCUUUCAGCAGGAAGGCAUGUACAUUAAAGGGGAGUGGCACCCGGGCGUGUUGCACGGCACGACCCGUGUGCCGCCGCGCCUCGAGGUCUUUGCGCCGCAGCAGGAGGAGCCGAAGCGAGUGCCGGUCACCUUUGCGCCGGAGUGCAACGGCAGAACGAUGGUGGACCUCGUCAAGGCGGUGAACUUCCCACCCGUGCAACGGUGGAUCAAGUCGCUUCCCGCCGUGCGUGACAACGCCAAGUACGGCGUGGUGGUGCUCUCCAUUGCGGUUUGCUCCGUCAAGUACGACCCGCAGGACCCGAACCUCGUCGUGGAGGUGCGGCUGCGCCCUGUGCUGCACGACGCCGUGGGCAAGCGCCUGCGGCUCUCCUCGACGGGCGACGAGACGGUCAUCCUGAAGGAGUGCGCCACGCGGCUGAUGCUCAUCGUGGAGCGCCCGGGCGCCACCGACGCGGAGCGCCAGCCGAUGGUCGUGCUGGAGCGCUCCGUGCAGCUGGCGUGUGCGGGGGCGAACCACAUGCAGCACCGCCUGCCCACUGUCCAGGUGUCGCUGUAG